UGCUGCUGAUCAGCUAUGAAAGGAAACAACUUCUCUGCCCGUUUCUUUUACUGAACUUUACCUGGCUCCCCUGACUGAAUUCAUCUCUACAACUUUGGAUUAACUCUGGACAGUGAAGUCCCAGAUUCAAGCAAACAUCUGUGAGUUUGUGCUCACUUUUGGUCACCAUCCCACCAAAAGCAGAAAAGACUUAAGCUGUAUGAAGAUGACCGUGUCUGUGGUCACUGUGCUGUUCUUGAUGACGGUUUCUGUAUCGGCAAGGAAGAGCAAUGGUGAAGUUUGGCCCCUGGACAUGGCUGACAACUCAGUGGAUGACUCCUUUGAAGGCUGCAGGAAAAGCAUGUAUGACUUAGUAAUGAAAAAGUACAUUGAACAUGAAAAACAGAAAACUUUUGGCUUUGCAGAUGCCUGGGAAAAGGCACUUAAUAAGAGUACAAAAGGUAGUCUUGGGAAAUACCAGUCUGCUGCCAUAUACAUGUAUACACAGGUCAAAUCACAGAACCAAAAUUGCUCCUAUGUGGUGUUAAACGAUGCUUGUCGUAACGGAAAAGAAUCAUACAAGUCAGAUACCUUUAAAUUUUACACACUGUAUUUCUUUCUGACUGAUGCAGUUCAGCAACUCAAAAAACAACUAAGUCAAAGAUUUCGGCGUGUGACCUCAUAUCGCAGAACCAGUGUUACAUUUGGAAAAGUUGCUGUAAAUCAAAAAAUUCGAUUUGGUACUUUCACUUCCAGCUCUUUGCUAAACAAUUUGACACAUUUUGGUGAAGAGUCCUGUUUCGAAAUUAAAACUCGUUACGGAGCUAAACUGAAAAAAUACUCAGCUGUGCCACAUGAGCAAGAGGUGCUGAUUCCUCCAUACGAGGUCUUUCACAUCACAGCCAUUAAAAAGAGAGAUCAGAAGAACAAACUGUGGUGUAAGGUGGUUUAUGAACUCAAAAGUGCUGGUAAGAGGAGCGAUCUUCAGUGUAUAAAAACCAAAAAAAAAACCUCCAGUGUGGGGUCUUCACCACUAGUGUCACCCUAUAUUAUAUCUGUUCUGUCAGUUCAGUGAUCAGGUCUGUUUAUCCAUCCUAACCUAUUUGUCUUUAAGAGAGUCUGCUCUGUUUUAAUAGAUGCUGUAUAUUUUUGAGCUAAAAAUUACUGGGCUUAAAGU